AUGGAGCAAGAAAGCACGAUCAAGCACGGCGGCGAGCCGAACCCAGUCGACUCUGCUGGCCUAUGCCUGCUGUCCCUGGAUGGCGGCGGCGUGCGAGGCCUCUCAUCACUCUACAUACUGAAGAGCAUCAUGGACCGGCUAAACCAUGUGCGGGGGCAGAACAAGCUCCCUCAGGUGAAGCCGUGCGAAGUGUUCGACCUUAUCGGGGGCACGAGCACUGGUGGCCUUAUGGCGAUCAUGCUCGGCCGGCUCGAGAUGGAUGUCGAUGAAUGCAUUGGCGCAUACAGCGAUCUUGCAACCGCAGUGUUCGGCGAGAGGCUGAGGUCAAUCCCUGUCAACUUUAAGGGUGAUAUCACAGCCCGGUUCGACUCAGCGAAGCUAGAGGGAGCUAUCGCAAAGGUGGUCGAGAAUAGCGGUGCAUCCAAGCAGGACCUGUUUAAUGACGGCACCGAACGUGGAUGCAGAACCUUCGUUUGCACCGCCGACCGCCACACCAAGGACAUUGUCCGCCUCCGAAGCUAUAGCCUCCGUCACGAGCCAAAUAUCUACGCGACGAUAUGCCAAGCUGCCCUCGCAACAUCUGCCACCACAACCUUCUUCGAACCCGUCAGCAUCGGAGACCGCUCGUUUGCCGAUGGCGGACUAGGCGCGAACAAUCCAGUGGACGAAGUGGAGGGCGAGGCGUCGAAUAUAUGGUGCUCUGAGACAGGAGACCUAAAGCCGCUGGUCAAGUGCUUCAUCUCGAUUGGAACAGGGAAUCCAGGCAAGAAGCCGUUCGACGACCGUAUGCUGAAGUCCCUUGGGCAGACCGUGGUGCAGAUUGCAACCGAGACGGAGAACACGGAGAGGAAAUUCAUCGCGAGAUGGGCAAGGCAUUUCGGCGAGAAGCGGUACUUCCGGUUUAAUGUCGAGCAGGGGCUACAAGAGAUUGGGCUUGAGGAAUACAAGAAGAAGGGAGCGAUGGAGGCGGCGACGGAGGGCUACCUCAUGCAUACCGCACAGAAGUUCCGGGUGCGGGACUGCAUUCAGAAGAUGAGUCUCAAAGAGAACAAGACCGGACCAGAUUUUGCCACUGUUAUACAGGAAUAUACCAUUCGAUGGCAGUCAGUUCAACGCUUUGCUGUGCCAUUCGACCUUACCGCUGUGCCAGUGAUUGAAAAUUUCUUUGGACGGCAAGACGAACUAGACAAUCUAUGGCAGUAUUUGCAGCCCACAAAUUCCCAGUCACGAAAAGUUGCGAUCCUUCAUGGUCUUGGAGGGAUAGGAAAGACGCAGCUAGCGAUUCGCUUCGCACGAGACCACAAGCACGAUUUCACUGCCAUCUUUUGGCUGAGUGGCAACGAUCGAGGCACGCUCUUGCAAUCUUUGAGUUCUAUCUUACCCCGAUUACCAAGACAGUCUCAGAAUGAGGCAAUCAAUGACGAGGAAGUGGAGCAACGAGCUAGGCAUGUGCUACGAUGGCUCGCAAUAGAGGGAAACUCACGCUGGCUAAUCAUUUUUGACAACAUCGAACAAUACUCUUUCGUCAAUAGUGCUGCUGGUGAUGCAUAUGAUAUUGGAGAAUUCUUCCCCGCGGCCGAUCAUGGUUCCAUUCUCAUUACCUCUCGGCUCCAAAGGUUGACUGAACUAGGGAAAUCUUUUCCAGUCAACAGACUCGAAUCUGAUGAUGCAAUUAAACUACUCUUGCAAAGUAGCCGUGUAUCAGCAAAGAAUACCAUCAAUACCCUGGCUCUUGCUAGUCGACUAGAUGGUCUUCCAUUGGCAAUAGUAAUCGCUGGGGCCUUCAUGCGCGAAACUGGAGCUAGCACCACUGAGUUCUUGCAGUACUACCAAGAAUCUUGGUUCGACCUACAGCUACAAUCAAAUCCUGAGCGCCAGUAUCAACGUAACAUGCUACAAACGUGGAUGAUCUCAUAUCGUGAGAUCAGGAAGCGGGACCCACAGGCAGCGGACUUGCUGCUUUUUCUUGCUCACUUCGACAAUCGAGAUAUCUGGUAUGAAUUGAUAAAAAGCAGCCACCACAGCUCAAGUGUUCCUGUUUGGCUUGAAAAGACUAUAUCAAGCGGUCUGGCGUUCAAAUCCGUUGUCCGGACUCUCAUCGGGUUCUCUCUUCUUGAGACUAAGGAACAAGACGGAGGAUACGCUAUGCACCCAGUGGUACAAGACUGGUGCAUCCACCUUGCCAAUACAGACAGAAGUGCGGAUUUAAUCCAGCUCGACCAACUGGCACUGAUAUCUGUUGGAUACACUGUCCCGAGUUCAAGUGACAGAAAUUAUUCUAGGCUUCAGCAACGGCUUAUUCCGCACGCGAAUUAUGUACGUUAUAGGGAUUGGCCGGAUGACAACAUUGAUACUGCGGUAUGGAGAGCAUUCGAUGGUUUGGGGAAUCUUUACUCUGAUCAGGGGAAGCCAAAGGAGGCGGAGGAGAUGUACCGGCGAGCACUGGCAGGCAGUGAGAAGGCUCUCGGUCCAGAUCAUACGUCCACUCUCGACACCGUCAACAACCUUGGUCUUCUCUACCAAGAUCAGGGGAAGCCAAAGGAGGCGGAGGAGAUGUAUCGGCGAGCACUGGCAGGGUACGAGAAGGCCCUCGGUCCAGAUCAUACGUCCACUCUUAUGACAGUCAACAACCUUGGUCUUCUCUACAAAGAUCAGGGGAAGCCAAAGGAGGCGGAGGAGAUGUAUCGGCGAGCACUGGCAGGGUACGAGAAGGCCCUCGGUCCAGAUCAUACGUCCACUCUCAUAACAGUCAACAACCUUGGUCUUCUCUACCAAGAUCAGGGGAAGCUGAAGGAGGCAGAGCAGAUGUAUCGGCGAGCACUGGCAGGGUACGAGAAGGCCCUCGGUCCAGAUCAUACGUCCACUCUUAUGACAGUCAACAACCUUGGUCUUCUCUACAAAGAUCAGGGGAAGCCAAAGGAGGCGGAGGAGAUGUAUCGGCGAGCACUGGCAGGGUACGAGAAGGCCCUCGGUCCAGAUCAUACGUCCACUCUCAUAACAGUCAACAACCUUGGUCUUCUCUACAAGGACCAGGGGAAUCUGCAAGUGGCGGAGCAGAUGUAUCGGCGAGCGCUGGCAGGGUACGAGAAGGCCCUCGGUCCAGAUUAUACGUCCACUCUCAUGACAAUCAACAUCCUUGGAAGUCUCUACAAGGACCAGGGGAAGCUGCAAGAGGCAGAAGAGAUGUACCAGCGAGCACUGGUCUUGCACAAUAAGCUAUAUCCACCCGGCUUCAGAGAUUUUGAGGAUUUGGGGGAUUCCGAUGUAUCCCUUGAGAAUGACUCAGUCUUUUCUGCGCCUAUUUCCCUUCCCAGCACCAGGUCGUUGGAAUCUGGCAGAGGGGAAAUAAAUUCGUUGCUCAUCCAGGAGUUUGCAACUCUGCUACUUGAAAAUUCCAUUCUCCCCUCGUUCAUUUCAGUUGGCAUAUCAAAACAGCAAAUUGGGUUUGAAAGGAUGCGAAACAACUUUCGGAGAUUGCUCAAAGACUUUGCGAAUAAUCUUAAAGCAGAGAUUCACAGCGAACUGCAUCGAGAACUCAGGAGCUUUGUAAGCUCCUAUUCAGACCUGAUCACACGCAAGCUCUUUGCCAUGUCGCCCAUCGCCGAAAAGCCGAACAUCAAACAUAGUCUCGCAUCAAUUAAAAAACGUCCAUUCCAUGAAAGAAAAGUGGAAGAUUAUCUUGAAAAACUACAUAGUGGUCUCCAUGCUUCCAGGUCAGAAGAGUUUGACGUCCUUUCUGAUGUGAAGGAAUCACACGAAGGAAUGGAAGCAUUCGAUCUCGAUGAGGAAAGUGACCAAGGCUCUGUGGCCGAGGAAGCUGGCGAAGAUGAGCCCUAUGAGGGAUCUUUGCAACAUUUGGAUCAGAUGAAGCACUUCGUUUUGGAAAGCGCCGCCUACCGAAUUCUUCUUUGUCGUCUUGAAGAAUUUGUUCAGCCCUCGCUGUACUCUCGGCUUCGAGAUCUGGUGACAAGGUGGUCCUUUCCAGAAAGUAAGAACCAUGACGAUGUUGCUCGGUAUAAGCUGCGGAACCUUGUCACAGAUUUGCAGCACGUGGAUCCCCACGAGAUUCGAUUUGAUUGUGAUCACGAUAGUUCUCCAUUUGUUAAGUUCAUCAGCCACUACCAACAUAUGCUUGAGCGCUGGACCGGAGAGUGUUGGGAUUGGUGGCCAUUGCCUCAUUGUCUGAGACCACUAGGAGGAUCAGAGACAAGGUUACGGUGGAGAUGUGUAUGUGGUGAAGAGCGAUGGGCAGAAGUACCAAACGCCUUUGUCAAACGCCUCCAGUCCAUAAUCAAAAGUCUUCCCAUAGACACCACGGCAAACCAAAAUACUCGGCCUCCUCCAGGGACAUACAAUACCUCCAGCUCAACCUCUCGCAGCGCCCCGAACAAUAGUCAGAUUCCCACGCAGCCUUCACAUCCGCAUCAUGGAAGCCAGCAACCAGACGACUCAUCCCCUGAUCCUUCACUUCAUUAUCAACACUCUGGACUCAAAGCCAAUACCUUUGAAGUGAACAAACACCGUGUCCUCUUCCUCGCGAAACAGGGUGAAGAUUACGGACUCGCACAGAUCUGCUUUGAGAAGUUCGAUGACCACGAGUUCGCGCCCAAAAAAAGAGAUGCAUUCCCUGACGAUGCCAACGCUGAUUACGAGUAUCAGCCAAGGCCGAUGGAAAACAUCCCCCCAGUCUCCGAGCAUGAAUUCACGAAACGUUUCUAUGCUUGUCACAACCCACGUCCAUUACUUCACUUGCACCACAAGUGUAAAAGGUUGGGGGCUCACUCGGAUGACAUUUUGAAGUUCCUUCCAAAGAAAAGGACCGAAUUUGAAGAAGCGGGCGACAAGCGAGAAGACUUCUGGGGAAUCUAUGCUCGCGAAAUCAUCAGUCUACGUUGGAUUAUCUUUUACAAUUUUGUCUGUGUUUUACCUUUGCUAGCCUUUUUCGUGGCAUGGAUUAUACUUCAGGGGCAUGGUACGGAUUUGCAAAACCCAUCGAUCCCAAUUUCCAUAAUGGUUUCCAUGCUUUCUCUCUUUUGGAGUGUAUUUCUCAGCAGUUUGCAGUUUGGAAAGUCGCACUAA